AUGUCGCAGGCGCAGAUCCACCAGUUUCUACGCCCCAAGUGGCUUUUACGCGAUGCGAUUUUGUAUGUGGCUUUUCUGGGCUUUUCGUUGGCUCUUGGACGAUUCACAAAACAAAACAUCCCGAAACACUCGGCGUGUACCUGGUACUUCCACUUUCAUUACGAGGACUGA